AUGGUAGUAACCAAAUAUUUACAGGAUAUACUUGAUGUGUCGGCAAAAACUCCCACCUUAAACUUGCCUGCUCUCAAAGAAAAUGAGCUGGCAAUAGAAUUUUCUAUAGAUGAUGUUAACGAUAGUGUUUAUGAAGGACAAAAACCUUUGUUGCCCUUCGCUAGGAGUGGAGAGUAUCACGUUGGAAUUAAAGAAUGGAGGCGAUUGACGGCGAUUGACGAAGGCUGCAAACCCGUUUACGAAGUCACCUUCGAUGUUACGGGCAGUAAUUUAUCCUUCAGUCCAGGAGAUACAAUAGGCAUAAUACCACAUAACCCAACUUCGGAUGUAGACUUCAUAAUUAGCCAUCUAUGUCUUCAAGCACACUUAACUUAUGUCCUAAGUGUGAAGAGUUUGAAAGGGAAAAUACCGGCUUAUAUACCGGUGAGGUCUACUUUGUGGCACGUGCUCACACAUUGUGUCGAUUUGAGAGGGGUUCUGAAAAAAGUUUUCAUCCUCGCAUUAUCAAGGCAUACAAAAGAAGAAAGUGAACGGAGAGUUCUAGAAUACUUUUGCAGUAAAGAGGGAUCUUAUACAUAUACUACUCAUAUUCUAAACAAAAGAAUUUGUAUACUAGACAUUUUCUCCAUUUUCAAAAGUUGUAAGCCUCCUAUAGAAGUUUUACUGGCCUAUCUACCUAGAUUACUUCCAAGGGCCUAUUCCAUAGUCAAUAGUAAUGCAAAUGAUCCUCACGUAAUAAAGAUAUGUUUCUCUGUAAUGCAUUUAGGUAACAAUAGAAAGGGUCUUACAACAAGUUGGCUAGAGAAUAUUAUUCUAAGUUCAACUAUUGAGCAUAAAAUGGAAAAUUUGAAUAUUAGUGAGAGUAAUGUAAAGGACUGUAAAGUACCUAUCUAUCUAAGAGAUAAUUUAUCAGGGUUUACUAUGCCUCAAGAUUUAUCAACACCUUUAAUUUUAAUCGGGCCUGGGACUGGCGUAUCGCCAUUCAUUGGUUUUCUUGAAGAAAGAAGUAUAAGAAAUGAUAAAAAAUCAUCAGGAAAAACAUGGUUGUUUUUUGGAUGUAGAAAUCCAAAAUUAGACUUUAUUUAUGAAAAGGAAUUGAAUUUUUAUAAAGAGAAUGGUACUUUAGAUAAACUUACAGUUGCCUUCUCUAGGGUUGAGGACAGUCCAAUAAGAUACAUCCAGGAUGCCCUAUUACUGAAUGGCGAAGAGUUGGUUAAUUUAAUAAAUGGUGGUGCUUCAAUAUUUGUGUGUGGCGAUUUGAAUACUAUGGCUUUACAAAUUAAGCAAGUCUUUGUCAAAUGUUUAGUCAAGUAUGAUGAUAAAACGCAAGAGGAAGCCGAGAAGUUUGUAACCGACUUGCAGAAGGAGAAACGAUAUUUUGUUGAUGCGUGGAGUUAAACAUUAUCAUGACCUUUCUAAUAUAUAGUAAUUUAUAAAAGAAAUAUUGGUGGCCCAUUGUCUUUUAUCCUAUUGCUGGUUCAACAGUUCAGUCUUCCAAGAGGUUAUGCCGUCAUGAACUUGUUACAUGGUUGAAAUUUAUCUGUGUUGUAAAUUAUAACAAAUAUAGGUAUGAUAUAGGUACCUAGGUAAGAUACGAUUAUUUAAUUAUGUAAUUAUUUGCUAUUUUAGGGUUUGUACCACACAUUUGUUAGCACAGGCAGCCCUGAAUCGUGUUGCAAGUGUGGUUCAACUCUAUUAUAGCUAAUCAUAGCAAUAAAAUAAAUACC